UUGAAUGCAGUCAAUGAGUCAGUGUGGAGACCAAGUCACUUUAUCUGCUCCGUCCCCCUGCCUGAGCCGUCAAUAGCAAACCGCAGAGCUGCCUUUUUCAUUCUCUAACAGCGCUGUUACGGCCGGACGACUCUGUAAUAAACUAAAAGCCGCUGCUUGUCAAAAUAUAAAAAUUAAAAAGAUCCAGUUUGGCUUCAGAACAAGGAAACAACAUUAAUUCUCCCAGAUCUCGUUGUUGUUUUGUUUUAAUUUUAUUUACCAUUUAUUUUUUUAGUGUAAAUGUGUAAAUGGCAGGGGCACAGCCCGGAGUUCACGCCUUGCAGCUCAAACCCGUGUCCGUUUCGGAAAACCUGAGAAAAGGAAACAAAUUCAUGAAAUGGGAGGAUGAUUCUACCGUGGUAACCCCCGUGACCUUGCGAGUCGACCCGCAAGGAUACUUUCUGUACUGGAUAGAUCAAAACAAGGAAACUGAACUUUUGGAUAUUUCAUAUAUCAAGGAUGCAAGAACGGGGAAGUGGAGUCGGACGCCAAAGGAUGCCAAGGUGCGGGAACUGCUGGACAUGGGGAAUGUGGUCGGGCGGAUAGAAAGCAAAAUGCUGACGGUGGUGUGCGGCCCAGACAUGGUGAACAUCACCUACAUGAACUUCAUGGCCUUCCAGGAGGAGGUCGCCAAGGAGUGGGCAGAUGAGCUGUUUGAUCUGGCGUCCAACCUGCUAGCCCAGAACAUGCCCAGGGAGUCGUGCCUGGAGAAAGUGUACAUGAGGCUGAAACUGCAGCUGAACCCCGAGGGCCGCAUUCCUGUCAAGAAUAUCUUCCGGAUGUUUUCUGCUGACAGAAAGCGUGUGGAGACGGCCCUGGAGAACUGCAAUCUUCCUUCAGGCAGGAAUGAUUCAAUUCCCCAGGAUGAUUUCACACCAGAUAUCUUUCGAGUUUUCAUAAGCAACAUCUGCCCAAGACCAGAGAUCGACACCAUCUUCUCAGAAUAUGGCGCUAAGAGUCGGCCCUAUCUGAUGGUAGAUCAGCUGACCGACUUCAUAAACAGCAAGCAGCGGGAUCCACGGCUUAACGAGAUCCUGUACCCGCCGCUGAAGGCCGAGCAGGUACAGCUGCUCAUUGAGAAGUACGAGCCCAACGUGAGCAUGGCCAGCAAAGGACAAAUAUCAGUGGAGGGCUUUGCCAGGUACCUGAGUGGGGAGGAGAACAGCGUGAUCCCACCCGACAAGCUGGACAAGAGCGAAGACAUGACACAUCCCCUCUCCCACUAUUUCAUCAACUCCUCCCACAACACCUACCUGUCAGCGGGCCAGCUGGCCGGCAGCUCCUCGGUGGAGAUGUACAGGCAGGUGUUACUGACGGGAUGCCGCUGCGUGGAGCUGGACUGCUGGAAGGGCCGCACGCCUGAGGAGGAGCCCAUCAUCACGCACGGCUUCACCAUGACCACCGAGAUCUCCUUCAAGGAAGUCAUAGAGGCGAUCGCAGAGUGUGCAUUCAAGACGUCCCCCUUCCCCGUCAUCCUGUCCUUCGAGAACCAUGUGGACUCGCCAAAACAACAGGCCAAAAUGGCUGAAUAUUGCAGAUCGAUAUUUGGCGAUGCUUUGCUAACAGAAUCACUUGAGAAAUACCCACUGGAGGCCGGAGCCCCACUGCCCAGCCCACAGGAGCUCAUAGGGAAGAUACUCAUCAAGAACAAGAAGAAGUCCCCCAAGUCAUCAGAGGACAGUGUGAAGAAGAAGCUAGCAGAGCAGGCUUUGAGUGCCCUCAAUGAUUCCUCCUCCGUGUCCUUCGAAACCCCAGCCCCCCCUGCAGGAGAAGUUGAAGCUGAAAGUGAAGAUGAUGAAGAUGAUGAUGACGACUGUAAGAAGUCAUCUAUGGAUGAGGGAACAGCAGGAAGUGAAGCUUUUGCCACUGAGGAAAUGUCCAAUCUAGUCAACUAUGUCCAGCCUGUCAAGUUCUACUCGUUUGAAGCUUCAAAAAAAAGCAAUAGGAGUUAUCAGAUGUCUUCUUUUGUGGAAACUAAGGCUCUAGAACAGCUUACAAAGUCACCCGUUGAGUUUGUAGAGUAUAACAAGCUUCAGCUCAGCCGAAUCUAUCCCAAGGGCACCAGGGUGGACUCCUCAAACUACAUGCCCCAGGUGUUCUGGAACGCGGGCUGUCAACUGGUGGCGCUGAACUUCCAGACGAUAGACCUUCCAAUGCAGCUAAACCAGGGCUUGUUCGAGUUCAAUGGGAAGACCGGGUACCGGCUCAAGCCUGAGUUCAUGAGGAGGCCGGACAAGAACUUCGACCCAUUUACGGAGGUCACAGUGGAUGGGAUUGUAGCCAAUACCCUGUCUGUGAAGAUUAUAUCUGGACAGUUCUUGUCAGACAAGAAGGUCGGCACAUAUGUGGAGAUAGAAAUGUUCGGACUUCCUGUCGACACGAAGAGGAAAGCAUUCAAGACAAAGACAUCACAGGGCAACGCUGUGAACCCCGUGUGGGAGGAUGAGGCCAUAGUGUUUAAGAAGGUAGUGCUCCCCACUCUGGCGUCACUGAGAAUAGCCGUGUUCGAGGAAAGCGGGAAGUUCAUUGGCCACCGCAUCAUCCCUGUGUCUGCCAUCCGCCCAGGUUAUCGUUACAUCGGCCUCCGAAAUGAAAAGAGUCAGUCACUGCUAUUAUCGGCCCUUUUUGUUUACAUUGAAGUCAAGGACUAUGUCCCUGACACCUUUGCAGAUGUGAUUGAGGCACUAUCCAAUCCUAUCAAAUACGUCAACCUGAUGGAGCAAAGGGCCAAGCAAUUAGCAGCUCUCACCCUGGAGGAGGAAGAGGAGGAGGACGAAGGGAAGGAGGUAGAACCGGGGGAUGACGACCCAUCCGAACCUAAGAAUGAACCCAAGCCAAACCCGGCGGAGAAUGGGGUGAGCCACCCCCCAUGCAGCACCCCCCGACCCCCGUGUCAAGUGCCCAACCAACCCCAGUCCAAAGGGUCACUGAAACCAGCUGCAAAAACUGAAGAUAUUAUACAGAGUGUCCUGACAGAGGUCGAGGCACAGACAUUAGAGGAGCUGAAGCAACAGAAAGUAUUCGUAAAGGAGCAGAGAAAACAAUACAAGGAGAUGAAGGAGUUGGUGAGAAAACACCACAAGAAGACCACGGACAUGAUCAAGGAGCACACAACCAAGUACAAUGAGUUUCAGAACGAGUACUUACGAAGGAGGGCUGUCCUGCAAAAGAACGUCAAGAGAGACAACAAGAAACGGGUCCCACCAUCCAGUCCAGAGCAUGGCCUUUCAUCCCUGGAGCAGGAACUCUCAGACCUGGACCAGGAAUGCAACCAGAAGCUCAGGGAGCUUAAAGAGCAGCAACAGCAGCGACUCUUGGACUUGCGUCAGGAGCAAUACUACAGCGAGAAGCACCAGAAAAAGGAACACAUCAAACAGCUUGUGGAGAAACUGACUGCAGUAGCAGAGGAAUAUCAGAACAUGCAACUCAAAAAGCUAAAAGACAUCUGCGAAAAGGAGAAGAAAGACCUGAAAAAGAAAAUGGACAAGAAAAGACAAGAGAAGAUCAAUGAGGCCAAGUAUAAGGAGAAGAACCUCACAGAGGAAGAGAAACUGGAGAUCAACAGGUCUUACAUUAAUGAAGUGGUUCAGUCCAUUAAACGGCUAGAGGAAGCACAGAGCAAGAGGCAGGAGAAGCUUCAAGAGAAGCACAAGGACAUUCGGCAGCAGAUACUGGAUGAAAAGCCUAAGCUUCAGCACGACUUGGACCAGGAAUAUCAGGACAAGUUCCGCCGACUCCCGGUGGAGAUUCAGGAGUUUGUCCAGGACACCACUAAAGCCAAGGCGAGCGAAGACGGGGAGCCUGGCCCCCAGCCCCUCACCCAGACCGUGGGGGAGCCCCACACCGCAGGCCAGUCUGAGGAGGACGUUGAGGACGACGAGGGCGUGGAGAAAUCCUUCGACACACUGCUCUAGGCCGCUUCUCCGCCAACAUUGUCCUCAAACCCUCACUGUCUGUCUGUUUCACAGUUUUGUUUUCCUGCCACCCGUUGCCAUGGACGCGUCUCCCGGUUACGGAAGCGGCCUGUCACCUGGGUGCUGACGGCAGGAGCCCCAAGCGUGAAUGCUGCCCCCACCCCAACCCCCAACCCACUGUGCCCACUAUCUUGCAAUAUUAUCAGUGAGAGUAUAGCAACAGUGCAGCCAGUCUGCGAGAGAGAUGUUCUCCGCUUGUCAGCGUUUAGAAAUGCGCUAAGUAAAGAAAAUAACUGAAUUAAUGGUGUUAAGGAAAAAACAGAGGAAGGGGGCAGCCAAAGGUGUUAUGUGGACAGACGCACCCAGAAUGUGGCCCAGUGUAUCACUAGUGCGAGGUCCCAUGUUCCCAGUGCCGUCCAACCGGGGAACACGCCGUCACUUUGCUGUACGGAGUGUGCAGCAGAGCAGGAGAGAGAGAACGCGUACUGUAUACUGUAUACUGUAUACUGAAACGUCGUAAGGUAUCUGCAAGCUCACCUGGCUUGCCGCGUCCAAUUUGUCAUUUUGACCCACAGGAAUAUCUGUUGCUGCUGUUAAUAUGAUUUUCUUUGUAUACUGUGUACAAAACAGUACAUCUUUUAUAUCUUUUGUUUUUCCCAUUUUUAAAAAAAUGUUUGACUUUCAGAAUUUUAAUAAGUAGUUAUGCAUUAUGUGGUAAUCAGAUAAGAUUCAGAGAUGCAGGAAAGAGAAAUCUGCUCAUGAUGUAAAUGGUAUCUGUAAACGGAGAGCCUCCAUCUCUUUGUGUAGAGGUAGUUCGACUUGUUUUGAGUUUGUAGAAAAAUUUAAACUGAUGUACACUUGCACUUGAAGAAGAUCACGGUAUUUGUGUGGAUAUGUGGAAAGGUAAAGGUCCCCUGCACAGCGACAGCCCCCCCCCCACACACACUCUGCCUGGGACGCCUAGCGAGCGACUUGCGUAGUAAGAGAAGGUAAAGGGUGUAUUUCCUUCAGUUCCAGCAUUCAAGAGAAGGUUGAGGUAAACAAUGUGUAUACAUAGAUAUAUACUUAUGUAUCUAUUACAAAUAUGCUACAUAUAUAUAAUAUAUAUAAGUUACAAUAUUUUGUAUUUUAGGUUUUUUUUUUAUUAUUAAUAAACUGGGGAAUUACAGUUUCUGCCUUGAUUGAGAUUUUGAGCUGUUUUCAUCCUUCAUUUAUUGGACAUAUUUAUAAUGCAUAAAAUGGAAAUACUGUAGGUUCUUAAUUUGUUUAAAGUUUACAUUGAAAGGUAAUAGACUAAGAAGGUGAGAUUGUACUAAAGAAGACUAGAGAAUUAUAUAGGAUUCCUUAAGCGAUGGCUGCCAGCAUUUGUGGGUUUUAGCCCUGGUGUCUCCUGAUUGGCCCAUCGUUUCCUGUUUUCUGCCAUCUGUACUAAAGAGGUGAUGUUAAUAUGGCUCAGUGGUGUCUUUCUUUCUCAUGGCCUUUCUUCCCUUCAUCCCUCUUGCCAUGUUUGGAGUCCCCCUCUUUUCCUGUGGUUUAGGUCACCCCUCUUGUAUCAUGUUUUCAUGCAGGUAGUCGUCAGCUCUGUAAUUUCUACCGUUUUUAUUCUGUAAUUUAAAAAAAAAAAAAGUUAAAUGGCGGUAGAAGCUGUAAUUGAUACAUUUUAAUAUAUGAGGCUCCAGUGAAGGAUUUCUUUUUAUUUAGUGGAUGGCUUGUAUGAUUGUCUGAAAAGAUAUGCAGACUACAGUGUUCUGUGGUAAACAGGAAUUGUCAUAAUUUAAAAAACUCAAUAAAUAUGUUAAUUAUGGGAAAACAGUUUGGUUGACUGACUUAGUGACAGAGAUGACAAACAUGUUAAUUGAGCCUUAUUGCUUGUUCAUCUCUGAAGUAAGUGAAGGGUGUUUUUCAUGUAAUAUUUACAGCCUGAAAGCGAGAUAUCACUAGGGCAGAAAUUACCCAUGCCUGUAUUUUUCAUAUUGUCACCUUCCUUCAUAUAUUCACACAGACACAUAUGUGCAAACUAUAUAGUUUUAUAACUGUAUGUGAUUUAGUCAACAGAUAUACAAAAAAUUUGGAAAAAUGGAACUUGAUUCAGUAAAUACUGUACAGUGCUUAAGUCGUUGUGCUGAUUUCUUCAUGCAGUGUCGCACAUUUUCCAGCAUCCGUCAUUUAGUGACCAGAUUUUAAAGCUUCAGAAUAGAUGCAUGUUUACAAUUAAUCCCUGUUGUACAAACACCUUUAACUCAAUGUUGCUUUAGGAGUGCAAAACAGAUUAUGUUCUAAGUAGUGUUCUACCAGAAAUUUUACACAUAAUUUAACAUUUUGAUCACUAUCCACGCAUAAACUGUUUUAGUCUUUACUUGAAUGAAGUUUACACUGUGAUGUGAACAUGGGUUCCAAAAUGAGUCCCGAAGAGGAAUUUGUGGGCAAUGGGAUGUGUUUGACCUGUUUAAUGUUGAAUGUGUGAAAUGCAUUCUUGUGUAUACUGUCACUGUAUUAAAGCUGUAUUUCAAUAGACCGCA